CGAGCGACGGCCAUGGCUACUGGACGGGAUGCUCCCCGGCUGCCGACGCCGCCGUGACCCCCGCCCGCCCCAGCCGCAGCCCGGCGGCGGCGGCGCUGCGAGCGGACCGGCGGCGAAGCGCUGCGCGGCUGCCUCCCGGGCGGAGCGGGGCCCGCCAUGGACGCGGCGUCCGCAGAGCCGCGGCCCCCGGGCUCGCUGGGACCGCUGGCGGCGCUCUGCUUGGUGAACCUCUUCCUGACUGGGAAAACUGAGAGCGUGGUCCCUUCCUUAGCCGCUUGUAGUGGAAAACCAGAACAGCACACCGAGCGGCGAGGGGUCAUCUACAGUCCUUCCUGGCCACUCAACUAUCUCCCGGCCAUCAACUGCAGCUGGUAUAUCCAAGGGGAUCGUGGAGAUGUCAUAACCAUUAGUUUUAAGAACUUUGAUGUGGAGGACUCUCCCAAAUGUUCAGUAGACUGGCUGAUGAUGGGUCCCUCUUCCAAGCGGGAGGAGUACAAAGUCUGCGGAUCUUUCAUACCUCCUUCGUUCAUCUCUGCCAGGGAUCACAUCUGGAUCUUUUUUCACUCAGAUCCAUCAAGUUCAGGGCAGGCUCAGGGAUUUCGCCUUUCUUACAUUCGAGGAAAGAUUGGCCAAGCCAGUUGCCAGCCGGAUGAAUUCCACUGUCUCAAUGGCAAGUGUGUUCCUGCCACUUGGAAAUGCAAUUCCAUGGAUGAAUGUGGGGAUAAUUCUGAUGAGAAAAACUGCAGCGUCCCCCCAACGGAGCCCCAGUCCAGCAUCUGUCCUUCCGGGACAUUCCAGUGCAACGCUGCCCAUUCCACCAAGUGCUUGCUGAACGAGCUGAAGUGCAACACCGUUAAGGACUGCAGUGACGGCUCUGAUGAGGAAAACUGCCCGGAUCUGUCCUGCGGCAAAAAGCUGAGCAAUUUCUAUGGGUCUUUUGCUUCUCCAGACUUGUUCCGCUUGGACCGGAGUCGGGCCGACCUCUGUUGCACGUGGCAGGUGGACACCCAAGAUAACCGCCACGUUCUUCUGCAGCUCAGUUUGCAGCUGGGCUACAAGGAUUACGUGAAGGUGUAUGAUGGCUUGGAGGAGAAGGCGGAGAAGCUCAUAGAGACUCUCUCGUAUCGGAAUAACAAGCACUCGGUCAGCCUGGAGUCCUCCAAGGGGCAGAUGACCAUCCUGUAUUACGCCUGGUCGAAAAGCAUCGGCCAUGGCUUCAACGCAACGUAUCAAGUGAAAGGGUAUUGCCUCCCUUGGGAGCGUCCUUGUGGCGACGACGAGGAGUGCUACUCCGAUAAGCAGCACUGUGAUGGGUGGUGGCAUUGCGCCAACGGCAAGGAUGAGGAGAACUGUCCUGCCUGUCAGAAGAAUGAAUAUCCCUGCGAGGGGAACAGUGGGUUAUGCUACUCGUUGCUCGACCGGUGCAACAACCAGAAGAACUGUCCCAACGGGUCUGAUGAGAAGAACUGCUUUGUAUGCCAGCCGGGCAACUUCCAUUGUGGCACCAACCUCUGCAUUUUUGAGACCUGGCGUUGUGAUGGCCAGGAGGAUUGCCAGGAUGGCAGUGAUGAACACAACUGCUUGGUGAUCGUGCCCCGGAAGGUCAUCACGGCUGCGCUCAUCGGCAGCCUGGUCUGCGGGUUGUUGUUGGUGAUCGCCUUGGGAUGUGCCUUUAAGCUCUACUCGCUGAGAAGCAGGGAAUACAGGGCAUUUGAAACCCAGAUGACCCGCCUGGAGGCAGAGUUUGUAAGGCGUGAAGCUCCUCCUUCUUAUGGGCAACUGAUCGCACAAGGACUCAUUCCACCUGUGGAAGAUUUCCCUGUUUAUAAUGCAUCACAAGCUUCCGUGUUGCAGAACAUCCGAACAGCCAUGAGGAGGCAAAUGAGGAGGCAUUCUUCAAGGCGCAACUCCUCUCGCCGACGUUUGGGCAGGCUCUGGAACAGAUUCUUUCACAGGCCACGAGGAAGAGGUCAGGUUCCGCUCCUGCACCCCACACGCACCUCCCAGACGGUCCUGGGGGACGGGAUCCUCAACUGCACAGACGGGGUGCCUGCCCAGAGUCUCCCAGCUUCUCCCGAAGGGACUCGCAGCCCACACAGUGGGGUUUCCGAGUCUGGAAACAGCCCCUCAGCCUCAGAGGCAGAAGUGCCAGAAGGCCCGUCUGCAGAGGGUUUGUCAAUCCCUUGCCCGGCUGCCCCUCCACUGGACACUGAGAGCGAGCGCAGCCGCAAGGCCGAAGACGCCUCUGAUGGCAGAGCUGCACAGCCCAGCAAGGCAGAUUCAGGAAGAACUUUUAGGGACCCUUUGCUGGAAAGGGUGACAGAAGUUCACCAAUGGGGCAGGAUGGCGUGUAGCAGGACAGCUGGAGAGGGCAGGCUUUCCCAGCGGAAUCACCUGCUGAGCGAAGAGCUGCGUCAUCGACUUCCCUUGAAAAACUGGGAGUCUGGGUACUCCGAAAGCCCUGGAAACGUCCCCCUUCGGGGGGAAAGCCAACCCAGCGGUGACCCGCAUUCAUGUCACGAGGAACCUUUCAGCAUUCACCCCACUUGUUGCCAUUCCAUGGAAGUGCCAAUAGCAGCCUCCCCUCUUCCCCUCCCCGAAAUCAGUCCCAGUGACGAUGAGUCUUUGCUGGUGUGCUAAAGGGUCAUCUUCACAGGCAGAAGCUCACAAUGACCUCACGGGCACCACAACAUCACUGGGCAAAUGGUGCAGGUCCCAUAAUCAGCAUCAUCUGCGCACUGACCCCAUGGUGCAUGUCACGUCGCUUGCUCCACCAUGUGCAUGCCAUGGCAGCACACCCCACCCUUUGCCCACACACCCACCUAUCCCUUGCCUCUUUCUUUACAGCAUGUUGAUCUUUGCCAGAGUAGCUGGUAGACAGCCAGGAAGAAAGUGUGUCCAUGGCCACUUUCUCUUUUCUCCUCUUUCAGUUAUAUAAUGUGCUGUAGUAGGUAGAAGACACAAUGGUUGGCUGGCUCUAGAGAGUAGGAAGAUGACCUUGACAGAGGUAGACUAGAUCUUUUACCGAAGCAACAACAGGAGAAAUAUGGCUUAAAUCCAAAACAAGCAGAAAGUUUGCAGGAACGGCUCAGACACCUCCCUAAUUCCCAUGGGUAUAAGAAAGGGAGGAGUUACAGCACAAUCAGACCUGCAGGAUUCCAUUAUUAUAGCCAAUCUCAAUAAAAGUAGUUUUAGCCUUCCCGUGGAGUUGAUUCCUGGUUUGGCCUACCUGAUGGGGCUGACACUGGCUGGCUGGCUUCACAUGUUGUGCAAAAACUGUAAGAUCAUUGCUUUGGUUUUGAUGUAGCAUCUUGUGUGAAUCUAGCCAGUUGUGGUUUAUUCAAUAGACCAUGACUAACCCAUGGUGGAAGGUCAGCUAUCGGGAUUAGAGCUGGAAACUUGACAACCCCACCAGGUCCCACUUGGUCAUUUUGCUGUGCAUUUGUGGCUAAGGAGUGGGUAUGCUCAAAGUUUGUCCUUUGGCACCUUGGUUGCUUGUGUGUAGGGCUGGGUGUGAUACACUCGAAUAGGUAAGUGUAUCCAUGGGUAAAGAGAAGUCACCCAUGGCCCACAUUGACAUGUUUUCUUGCUGUCAGGAAAGAAGUCACUCAAUCGUUAAGUCUGCCUUCUUUCUAGAACAUAAGAACAUAAGCAGGGCUCUGCUGGAUCAGACCCUUGGCCCAUCUAGUCCAGCAGAAUGUUGUCAUGGUGGCCAGCCAACUGCCCAGGGAAGCCCAUUAGUCUCUCAGCAGAUGGCCUUCAGAGGUAGUCCCACUGCCAUCAAGGCUAAAGCUCUUGAUCCCCAUCACUUCCAUGAAUUGGUCCAACCUUUUCUGAAGCCACCACAUCUUCCGACACUUACUGCAAUUCUUCCACGGUUUUCAUUAUUAUCAGGGGGACUCUCUUGUCCCUUGACUUCCCAAUCUGCACAUGUUCUCCAGGGGAGGAAGUAGUGCAGAGUGAUUUCCUCCAUGGGUUCACAGAAGUAACCCCAACCCAGCCUAGUCCAUCUGUCUUUGAUCCCUGGAAAUGUGGGCACAAGUCAGGGAGGAAAGCCACCACUAUGGAUUAACCCUUCUCCAUUCUCUUUUUUCGUAUCUGUCUGUAAACUUUGUUCCCUCUGCUCUAGAAAUGACAAAGGAGUUUUUCUGCUUCCCAUUCAGAAGCUAUAGGAGACAUGGCUGGCUGACAGAGCUAGCACUGAGCUCAGGUGGUUAUUACUCUGCCUGAUUCAGUGAAAAACAAUCCAAUUAUUGACAGUUUAGAAUAUUGGUUUAAAUUAAAACUAUGUUUACCUUGUCCUGGGUAAAAUGUUGGAUGGGAAAACCAAGCCCUUGGAGUUGCACUUCUUUUAUUUCUUAAAAAAAAAAAAUAAAGCUACACCCACU